AUGCCUGUGAUCCCCAUCCCACGGAGGGUGCGCAGCUUCCAUGGCCCCCACACCACGUGCAUGCAUUCGGCAUGCGGGUCGGCUCACUCAUCCAAGCUGGUGCGCACCAAGUACAACAACUUCGACCUGUACCUGCGCUCCCGCUGCAUGUACAGCUUCCUGAGGUUCCUCCUGUACUUCGGCUGCAGUCUGCUGACCUCCCUGCUCUGGGUCUCGCUCUCUGCCCUCUUCUUCCUGCAGUACGUCAGCGUGCGCGUCCUCCUGCGGCUGCAGUACAAGCUCUCCGUCAUCCUACUGCUGCUGGGCCACCGGCGACUGGACUUUGGCGUGCUCAAUGACCUGAUCAUAUACAGCAUGCAGAUCACCAUGUUCCUGGUGGGGGGGCUCGGCUGGUGCUUUAUGGUGUUUGUGGACAUGUAG